AUGCUAUAUCGUUUGCGAGAACUUGGAAUUUCGGCACGAAUUUUCGAAGCUGCUGGUGGAGUUGGCGGUACAUGGUAUUGGAAUUGUUAUCCUGGUGCUCGUUGUGAUAUCGAGAGCAUGCAGUAUUCGUAUUCAUUUAGUGACGAAUUGCAACAGGAAUGGCAGUGGACAGAACGUUAUGCUGAUCAACCAACUAUUCUACGCUAUCUCAACCAUGUGGCAGACAGAUUUGAUCUACGCAAAGAUAUUCAAUUUGAAACCUGUGUAACAGCUGCAGUCUUUGAUGAGGUCUUUUCGUGCUGGAAUAUUCAAACCGAUUGUGGCAAUCGAAUAUCUGCUCGUUUCUGCAUCAUGGCAACAGGUUGUUUGUCGGUGGCAAAAAUACCUGAUAUGAAAGGGCUGAAUACUUUCAAAGGCAAUGUCUAUCAUACCGGUCAAUGGCCUCAUGACGAUGUUAACUUCACCGAUCGUCGUGUAGCCGUUAUUGGAACCGGCUCUUCUGGCGUACAGUGUAUUCCAUACAUCGCAAAAGAAGCAGCUCAUGUUUAUGUAUUUCAACGAACGCCAAAUUUCAGUAUUCCAGCUCAUAAUGCGCCACUUGAUGCGAAAGACCAGCAGUUGUGGAAAGCCAAUUAUAAAGAACACCGACGUAAAGCUUUGGAAACAUUUCGCGGUGUUGAAAUGGUCGGAUUGACAUGUGAUAAAUCGGCAAUGAGUGUUACUCCAGAGGAACGACAGCAAGCAUAUGAGGCGCAGUGGCAAAUAGGAGGCUUUGCAUUUCGAUCCACAUUCAACGAUCUGCUAUUCAAUAAAGAAGCUAACGACACAGCUGCAGAAUUUGUACGCUCGAAAAUCCGAAAAAUUGUCAAAGAUCCUACUAUUGCUGAGUCUUUGCUACCGUAUGGACACCCUUUAGGCACUAAACGUCUUUGUGUCGACACCGAUUAUUAUGAAACUUAUAACCGUGAUAAUGUUACUCUUGUCGAUCUUCGAAAAGAAAAUAUCGAAGAAAUUACGCCGAUUGGGCUCAAAACUAAGAGCACGAUGUACGAGGUCGACAAUAUUGUAUUCGCUACUGGUUUCGACGCUAUGACUGGAGCUCUGUGCAGCAUCGAUAUUCAAGGUCGAUCAGGUCGUACAAUUAAAGAAAAAUGGGCAGCAGGACCACGUACUUAUCUUGGUAUCAUGACUGCUGAUUUUCCGAAUCUAUUUAUUAUCACUGGUCCUGGAAGUCCAUCAGUAUUAAGCAACAUGGCUGUCUCAAUUGAACAUCACGUUGAAUGGGUGGCAAAAUGUCUUGAUUAUUUGCGAAAACACGAUUUUGACAGUAUUGAAGCCACAAUCGAGGCUGAAGAUGCAUGGGUUAAUCACGUUAACGAAGUUGCCAAUGCUACAUUAUUUCCUCUCGCCAAUUCAUGGUAUAUGGGAGCAAAUAUACCAGGAAAACCAAGAGUUUUCAUGCCAUAUGUCGGUGGCAUUGUUUCGUAUCAACAGAAGUGCAAGGAUGUCGCAACCCAUGACUAUGAAGGUUUCUACCUCAAGAAACAUGGCUCAGUAGCAUAG